UUCUAACCAAUGGCGCCCACCGUGUGUCAGUGCGUCGGCGGGGAAUUAUCCUAUGCCUUUUCCUCCGCUCGCAGUCACAAUUCUUUCGAUACUUAAUAUUGAGCAGUACUGAAUUUAAUUAUUUAUUAUUGCCACUCACACCUGCCAUUUGACUGGCGAUUUGCCUGGCUUAACCGGUGUUUUCGGUAAUUCCGUUUUCUUUGUUGAAAGCAAGCGAAAGCGUCGAAAAAAUAGUGAACAUUGAAAGAAGUGAAUCAUGGGGCGGCUGGAAUGCUGGGUGUUCCUGAUUGCAGUGUCAGUCAUCGUGAUCACUGGUGUUGACUGUAAACGAAAGUUCGAUGGUGAUUUUGAGUUUGCAGAAGAGGAUGACACAAAAAUUUUGAAAGUGGGUGACAAAAAAUUGUGGAUCAAUGAUCCAAACAGUGAGCUAUGUCGUCCUUUGAACUGUAAGAAGAAAGAGCUCUGUUUGCUGGAAGAUACGUUUACCGCGGUAUGCGUAUCGAAAAAGGAGCUUCAUAAAUCGGGAGACAUCGUCAUGCCGAAAUCCCGGAAUAAUCAGAGAAGAAUGCACACUGAUAAUUCAAUUGAAAGUGAAAAUGACGAUGCAUUUUUUGACUCUGAGGAUGAUGACGAGGAUCAAGAUGAGUCCAAGUGCCAGGAGUGUCCGGUCGUGAAGCCAAACUUCCUCUGUGGAAUUGACAACCGUACCUACAGUUCGCCCUGCCGUCUCGAGUACCACAACUGCAUUCAUCACACAUCGAUUCAUAUAGCAUGCAAAGGCUUUUGUCCAUGCAAAGAUGGAUCAGAUCUCCGCGUUCACACUAAGAAGUUCCUUCAAAUCAAACCCCAGAAAUCAUUAUUAGGAAAACUCGGACGGAACAGGGACAUUACAUUGAUGCCCCGUGAUUUUAAUUUCGACAAUCAUCAUUACCAGUAUCUUAAAUAUGGUAAACGCAUAAAGGGCUUAGGGUAUAAAAAGUACGAGGAAGACAUAAAACACUCUAUGGGCAAUGAAAUAAAUAAAAGUUCAGUGACAGUGAAGUCGACUUUUGAUGCAGCAGAAUCAAAGUCAAAUAUACCCGGGACUAAUGACUGUUCAUCAGCAUCAAAGUCGGAAAUGGCAAAUCGUCUACUGGAUUGGUUUUCAGUAGUGAUGGCCGAUGCCAAGUAUCGUCGGCAACAUACCAAGUCUAAAGGGCACUUCCCCACUGGAUGUCAGACUGAAGUGAGGUGGAUGUUUGGACAUUUUGAUACCGAUGGAGAUCGCAAAAUCUCACUUUCUGAACUCUACGGACUUGAGCAUGAUCAGAAUGAGCCCUGUCUCAAGCCAUUCAUCGAUGCUUGUGACACGAAUGGAGAUAUUUCUAUAAGUGGCCAAGAAUGGUGUGCCUGUUUUUCAAAAGCCGAGAGACCGUGCGCUGCUGUUCGCAGACGUACAUCACCCGACGUCGCACCCAUGUGUGAUUCGCGAGGCUACUUCCGAAGUGUUCAGUGUCACAGUGGUCUUGGACUCUGCUGGUGUGUCGAUCCCCAUGGCGUGGAAUUUGCGGGAACACGCACUCGAGGAUUUAAACCCAAUUGUGAUGGCAUUUUCAAUAAAAUUACCAAUGACAGUCUAAAAACGAACAGCGUGAAUAUAGAAAACAUUGAAAUGGAUAAUGAUGAUGAAGAUUCCGACACAGGUUCUGUCAAUGAUCUUGAAGGAUCGGCCGAUCAACCUCUCGAUUUUUAGAUUAAAGGGGAAAAAACUCACUUUCAUUCCAUCGCCUCGCAUGUUGAAACUAUGAGGAGGCGAUCACACAUUGUUCACUUGGGGCGGGGGAUUUUUUCCACGUUUUUCUACGGCGUAUUUGAAGAAAAUCUUCUCUUCCGUAAAGUUUGCAGCUGAACAUUAAUGUGAGGCAACAUUCGAGAAUGAACUUUAAGCCAUACGCAAAUAGGAUUGAAGAGAGAAAACAAUAAUUGAGUAUAGAAAGAUGUAUUGAUUUUGAGAAAUUUUUGAAAUAGAGAAGAUUCUUCAAUGAAUUUCAAAACAUUUCAUCUCCACAAUAGUUCCUUUCAGUAUGAAUAGAAAACACGUAGAAUGGUAGUGUGAAUUUAAUGAGAGUGAGGUCAACAGAGGCAAUGAGUAAACAAUCUGACUGCAUGUAUGACGUACAUGAAAUUCAUGCACAAUAAUGACAGGAGAAGGAAUGCCAUAGAAAAAGACAGUAUAUAUUCUGUGGAAAUUUGUGCGAUGGUCAUCAAUCAUUAGAAUUUAAUAGCAGGGCAGAUUCUGAAUACAGUUGGGUUGAACAACACUGAGGUGAAUCUUUGUGCAUCGGAAAUUUUAUGGCACUAAUGAUAGAAUUUGAUCUCUUUCAAAAUGAUAAAAGUAGAGGAAAAUGCUUUGUCAGUGUUGCAAAUGUGCUCACAAAAAUGCUUCAUUACUUUCGAAUUGAAGUCAAUUUCAUAUAAAAAUCCCAAGUCAAAGACUUACUAGUGUAAAAUAAAUAAAUCGUAAGUAGAAAGAGAACAUAUACAUACUAUUUUCCGUUCUUACUCUGAUUCAACGACCGUAUACGUUGCCAGAUAUUUCGUCCAGGUACACUUCGCCACUGACUACAAAAACACGUAAUUAUUAAAUCUCAUUUUUAUUUUUUUCACACGCGAUAAUUAGUACGAGGAAAGCAAAAGAAUUUUCAUACCUUUAGACGAACAGGAGAAGAAAAUAACAUGGGUUAACUUAAAUUUAAUCCAAAUAAUGGACAAGUAUUUUUACUUGAUCACAAUCAAAGUAGAAGAACUUAUUGUGGUAUGAAUUUAGUGGAAUAGAGAUUGGAAUAUAUGUAUAACGUGUAGACGAAAUUAAUUGCAAGAACAUUGGUGUAAUAUUGUGAAUAGAGAAUUAUUUGGAAAGGCUGCAACGUAAAAAAUUAACUGUCAUCGCAUACAGUUCUUCCGUCCCUACUGUGCAUAUUUUAUUUUUUGUGAUCAUUUCAGGAACUUCACUUAGUCCAAGCGUUAUUUAUUGUUUUUCUUUGAUUUUGUUUUCAAUUUAUAAAACUAAGUGCUUAUGGUUGAUUGAAUUUUUUGAAUUCUGCAAAUAUUGAUCAAUUAUUCGCUCCAACCCUUCAGCAUAUGUGAAGAUUUACCUAAAAGAUCAUUCCAAUACUGUAAACGUCAAUAAUCACCAUUUAUUACGUCUGUAUGAUUCCUAAAAUUCAGGAUACUAAUUACAUUGUAAAAUAGUGCGUUAAUUGAUUAAGUAAUUAAUUAUUAUUGAUUAAGUGAUUAGAAUCAAUUUUCGUCUACUUUUGAAUUGAUUAUAAUAUAUUAUUAUCUAAUGAACCGUAUACUAGACCAGAGACUGCUGAGAAUUUGUGAGAGCCAAUAAAACACUUCAGGAAAAAUUAUUGGCAAACGUGGAAUACUCCAUAGUUGAAGAUAUUGUCAUCGCAGUCACUUAAAAUAAGUUGCAGUGAGAUGAGUGUGUCAGCAUGAAUUUUUAGCUUUGUCAAAAUAUACAUCUAAUUAUAUAAGAACGAUCAAAAUUAUUUGUCAUUCUCUUCAACAGGUCAAAGAUGUUUCAUGUGUAUAUAUUGAUUAUAAUACAGUAAUGAACAAACAAUUAUAUAGGAACAAACUUGGUACUGCGAUGAUUAAUUCUUAGGUGAAGUAUGAAAACAUAUAAUUACAUAAAAUACUAAUCACAAUGAUUAAUUGCAUUGUGCCCUCGAGAAUUUCUACUUGAUUUCCAGGCUAUCGUAGAAUCUUCACAUAUUUAUUAGAUAAUGUACAAUGUGGCUGUAAGAUUUCUUUAUGAAUAAAGAUUGUUGUAGAAUUUUUGUUCAA